AUCGCCCUCCCCCCACCGCCCCCGUGCUGGGGAGGCGUCGCUCUUUCCGGUCGGCUGGGACCCCCGAUCUAGAGCCGGGCUGUGGGGGGGGGCACCCCAGUUCCUGCCUCCCACUCCCGCGUGGGCAAGGAGCCUGCAGGCACCGAGCGGGGCCAGGCUCCCCCCAAACCGGCCGUGACCCAGCGCUGAACGCCCUGCGGGGGGCAUGCCCCCAGCUACCGUGUGCCUGGCCCCCAGCGGGGGAGAGCCCCUCCGCCAUGGGGAGCUCCCGCAGGAGGAAGGCAAACUGUGCCCGGCCCCUAAGUACAGAGACCACAACGCCCCGACUUGGGACUCGGACCCUAGGAACAGGAACAUCUGCAAACCAGCUAGUAGGGCCCAGACAGUAAAGGGAUCACCACACUUUCUCUGAACCAGAGCUACCUGGGGAGGAAUGACCCCGAUAAUCAAAAGACUGACACUUCCUGUAGGUUGUGUUCCCCUAGCUGUUACACCCCUGCUUUAAGGGUGGGGGGAGAGUCUUCCGAUUAUUAAACAGGUGCCUAACUAGGUCUCCCUACCCUCUAAAGGGAAGCCAGCAUGCAGCUGGAACCUUUUCCUUAGAGACCUAGUUAACAUUGGUCUGAGAUACAGCACUGUUUCUUCCCUAUGGGAAUGUGAAAAACUUCUGUGUGGCAUGAAAAACGUGGGACUAGAAGGAUGAGAAAACAACUUUUCUGUAAAUAAAGUGUCCUGUGCUUUCUCCAGUCUCUUAAAAAGAGCUUUUCUUGCAAUAUUUUUGGCCAGAAGUGGAAAUAUGAGAAGUUUUAUUAGGAAACUUUAGGGAAAAAAUGGUUCUUGAAGCAUUCAGAUCCUAGUUUUGCCAAUGGUGGAGACAGAUUAAUGUUCUGACAGCUCAUCUUAUCUUAACCUGAAUAAAUUUGUAAAAUUAAGUUUAACUGGCCCUAUUCUUUUUUGACUUUACUAUUUUUUUAAUGCUUAUCCCUCUGCUUGUUAGGUGCUUAAAAGAUUUUAUAAAGCAAGAGCACUACAAAAGUAAUUUAAAAGCUGACAUGUUUUUGCAGGACCAGGGUCUUGUGGCAGAGGGUAGUCUCGUUGAUUUCUAUGCUAUAUUGUGGGUAAAGUUAGUAGUGUUUUAGUCAUUGCAGGAUCUAGCACUACAUCUGUACUUUAAUGUGUUCCAGUUUUUGUGUGUGUGUUCAUUAAUGCUCUAUUUUUGCUUGUAUGUGCAGGUGGACUGGAUAUCAUUGGGGAAAAAAGAACUUGUAAAUUUCACUUGCUACUUCAUUGGAAUUUAGCAUAACAUUAGUGAUUCCUUGUACCCUCCAAACCAGUCAAAUCUUUAUGCCAGGAACAUAUUUGUCAUUUAGAUUUCUGUUUUAGUACCAUGCCUAGCAGAAUGGGAUCGAAAAUGAAUCUCAACAGAGACUUCAUCAGAGUAAAAGCACAUUAUAAUGGGGACAUCCUAAUAACAAAUUUGGAUGCAUCAAUGAACUAUGGUGAACUUUCUGAUGAAGUGAGGGAGAUGUGCAGUUUGCAACAGGAACAACCAAUUACCCUGAAGUGGAUUGAUGAUGAAGUUUUCCCCAGCAUUCCAGAGAAACCAGGCAUGCCAUGUCCAGGAGAAGACACAAUGAUUAGGUUAUUCAGAGCACGUGAACCAAUCCCAUCCCCCAAUGAAGAAAGGAACUAUUGCGACCAUAGAGACAACUCGGAAGACAUAGCUUGGAUUGCAUUGGAAUCAAUCUACCGACGUGGAGCAAGAAGAUGGAGGAAGCUCUACCGAGUGAAUGGGCAUCUGUUUCAAGCCAAACGCUUUAACAGAAGAGCAUAUUGUGGCCAGUGCAGUGAAAGGAUAUGGGGUCUCGGAAGGCAAGGCUACAAGUGUAUCAACUGCAAAUUGCUGGUCCAUAAACGCUGUCACAUACUUGUUCCACUGACCUGCAAAAGGCAUAUGGAUUCGGUCAUGCCUUCCCAGGAACCUCAAUUAGAUGAUAAAAAUGAUGACGUUGACCUCCCCUCAGAAGAAACUGAUGGCAUACCUUACAUUCCUUCAACCCGGAAACAUGACAACAUUAAAGAUGACUCUGAGGAUAUCAAGCCGGUUAUUGAUGGAAUGGAUGGAAUUAAGAUUUCUCAGGGCCUUGGACUACAGGACUUUGACUUAAUCAGAGUUAUUGGACGUGGAAGUUAUGCCAAAGUUCUUUUAGUACGGUUAAAAAAGAAUGAUCACAUUUAUGCCAUGAAAGUAGUGAAAAAAGAAUUGGUCCAUGAUGAUGAGGAUAUUGAUUGGGUACAGACAGAGAAACAUGUGUUUGAACAGGCAUCCAGUAAUCCAUUCCUAGUUGGUUUACAUUCGUGCUUUCAAACAACAAGUCGAUUGUUUCUUGUCAUAGAGUAUGUAAAUGGGGGAGAUCUCAUGUUUCAUAUGCAACGGCAAAGAAAACUUCCUGAAGAACAUGCAAGGUUUUAUGCUGCUGAAAUUUGUAUUGCUCUGAACUUCCUACAUGAGAGAGGAAUAAUCUACAGAGAUUUAAAACUAGACAAUGUUCUGCUAGACGCAGAGGGUCAUAUCAAGUUAACAGAUUAUGGCAUGUGCAAGGAAGGAUUGGGCCCUGGUGACACUACAAGCACUUUCUGUGGAACGCCAAAUUACAUUGCACCAGAGAUCCUAAGAGGGGAAGAAUAUGGGUUCAGUGUGGACUGGUGGGCUCUUGGUGUCCUGAUGUUUGAGAUGAUGGCAGGAAGAUCUCCAUUUGAUAUAAUAACUGACAAUCCAGACAUGAACACUGAAGAUUACCUCUUCCAAGUUAUCCUUGAAAAGCCAAUCCGGAUUCCAAGAUUUCUCUCUGUCAAGGCCUCUCAUGUCUUAAAAGGAUUUUUAAACAAGGAUCCCAAAGAAAGGCUUGGCUGCCAGCCAGAGACGGGAUUUUCUGAUAUCAAGUCUCAUACGUUUUUCCGCAGCAUAGACUGGGAUCUGUUGGAAAAGAAGCAGGCGACCCCUCCAUUUCAGCCUCAGAUCACAGACGAUUAUGGUUUGGAUAACUUUGAUACACAGUUCACCAGCGAACCUGUGCAGCUAACCCCAGAUGAUGAAGAUGUAAUAAAAAGAAUAGAUCAGUCAGAAUUUGAAGGAUUUGAAUACAUUAGCCCAUUGUUGCUGUCAACAGAGGAAACAGUAUGAAGGAAUGACAUCUCCAUUGUGGACAAAUAAUGUGAACGAACUUUAAAUUUAUCCUUAACUACAGUAUAUGCAUGCAAGGCUGGGGAACUGUAAGGUUUUGGAUGGAGACCAAUGAUGAUAAAUAUUGCUGCUGAAAAUCAAAGACGAGAAUAUGAUUUUGGUGGGUGUCUUCCUCUAAAUAUUGGUUUUUAAAAGUUUUGGGCACUGACACAACUGGCUUCGUUAAUGAAGGAAUUUGCAUUUGUGCCUGUCUCGUGAAGGAUCAAAGUGUUCAUUGCAUCCUCUGGAAAAGAGAGAUUCCCAACAACUUUGAAAGCUACAUACUUUCCACAAACACUUGAUGCAAUGAGCUAUGAAGAAUAUUAGAGUGUAACAUCCUGAAGAAUAAAACAUUAGUGGUAUUGAAGCUUAUUUUUUAUGCCUUUUUCACAAGUGAAUCCUGUCUAAACGUCUCAGAUACGAUAUGUAAAAGGAGUUGUGUUUUAUUAGCAAUCAAAACAUAAAUUUGGGUACAGGUUUUAAGUGCCUAAAUGGAUAAACUGCAUUGAAGACUUAUUACAUAUUUUCAACAUUCUUAACCCUGGUAAGUUAUGCUUGUUAACAUUAAAUAAGGAACAUAUAAAUAAAAACUGCAGCCUAAUACUGAGGUACAUCUUUAUAGAGGAGCAGAGUGACUCAGCAAUACCAAUUCCAAAUUAGAACUCCCCUGUAUCAAAUCAAAAAUCUGGAUUGUUUAAACCUCCAAAUUUUAGUUUUAAAAAAACCCCUAAAUUUGCACAGAGUAGAUUUUCUGAAACUACGUAAGCAGUGCCUACAAUGAUGUCUUGUGUUGUGUAUUAGAUUUUUGAAAAGUAUUUUUAUCAAUAAUACAAUAUUCAGAAAUAGAACAAAAGUGUAAUGGAUUGUAGCCUUAAAGUUUAAAUAGCAAAUCUAGAUUAUCCAUAAACAUGCUACAUUUUCCUGAUAAAGCACACCUCCUACUAAUCAACUGUCUGCUUAGAAAUACUCAGUGUAUAUUACUAAUUCAUUGUUCUACGUAGGAGAACGAGAUGCUUUGAUGAAAAUGGCUUGCUUCAAAGCAGUAACUUUUUCAGUGGAGGGAAAAAUGAAUAUGUGCUAAUUUGGGUAAGGUUAUAGAUGUCCAGUCCCUUCUCUUGAAAACUGGGAAAAAGGGGAUGUUAUAUCACAAAGGUUAAGAAUUUGUUGUCAGCUGUGGAAAAGCUCAUGUCACUAUAUUUAAUGACUAAGUGUGCACUGCAAUCUAAAAGCUUUCAGAUGCUUGUAAAGAUUUAUCUGUCUCAUUGCAGAUGACAACAAUAGAGGCAGUACUUUGUGCUAGGUUUUUGUUUAACUAUAUUGUGUGGCUUGUGGUUCUGGCGGGAAAAUUGAUGUGGGAAUUUAAAAAAACCAAGAAACCCUGUGCCAUGACAUCUCACCUAAUUUGGUGUAAAAUGCAGGAUAAAUUGCAACAUUUUCUUUACAUUAACAUAUAGGUUUCUCAGGGUACAGCAUUGCAUUAGGUGCUGAACAUGACAUCUUUCGGAUUCACAUCCAAGUCAUGAGGUGCUAGGAUGAGACUGCCAAAACAUUGUGUUUAAAUUUUUCAGUUAACCAUUGGUUAACAAACUACAUUUUGUGUCCCCUCAUUGGCCACAAUUAUGCAAACCUCUGGUAAUUCAGUUUUAUUAAUCCCAUCCAGAUUUGAGUUUUGGGUUUCUUUUUGUUGGAUUGUAGCUUUUUAUAUCAAGCAAGAUGUGUUCUAACCAGCACUAAAUUAUUUAAUCAGAAUAAAGUACUUGCCUCAAAUGCCUGGAGUUUAGAUAAUUUGGUAUCUAGUAAAGGAGUUAUUUACUUUUUAAAUGUAAUAUGAACUUUUUUGUUUUAAUUCCCCCUUUUCUCCCUCCUUGGCGACUUAGUGUACCUUGAACAUUUUCUGUGUUUCAGUAUUUAAUCAGUGCCCUUGGUUUUACAACUGACCAUUACUUAAAACAGUGACUAUGGCAGUUCUUGCAUGGAGAUAUGACAAAGCUGUCCUUAGAUGGAUCGGGCAAGGGGCUUAGAAGUGGAAACAUGGAGGUUUUUUUACCUCAAAUUUCUAUGAGACAUUGGAACGUUUUGUUUGGCGGGAGGGGGAAGAAAGGGACAAAGACACAUUUGCUCAACAAACAUAAAAAAUCCUUGAUUUAUUUACAAUUCAAGGCAUUUACAAAGUUUCUGUGUUGCCAAAUAGUUUGCUGGUUAUAAGUUUGGUUGCUCACGUGCAAGUGUAUGAAUAAUGUUCUGUUCAUGAUGAAGGGGGAAAUUUUUUAUAUAAAGUACUUGUUUUAUAAAUUAAAGAAAAUGAAGGAUGUAAUUAAAUGUGUGGUUUGAAAAAAAAAUCCUAAUAUAUUACAAAUGAAUCUGGUUAUGAUAUAGUUGUCUUAUUUGAAAUAGUACAUGAAAACUCUAGCUAAUUUAAUGAUUGUAAAACAGUAAAUAUGUUCUUGUAGUUUUGUAUAAUUAAUUAGUUAACAUCUUUGCUAGCCAGUUUUAAUUGUGCAGAAGAUGGUACACUAAUCCAUAACAGCUAAGAUCAUUUAUAUUCUUGCACAUCUAUUAAAGACUUUAAUGAAAAAGCCAAUAGACUUAUUAUUUAUCACCACACUGAUAGAUACUUUUUUAACUGAGAGCCUUAUGGUUAUUGUAAAUUAAAAUAUUCACCAAGGUUUAUAUUUUGAUACUGUAUUGUGUUUUUAUUCUGUAUUUUUGGACCAUAACCAAUGCGUAAAUCACCGAGUCUGGUCCAACAGUUUUCCUGUGGCAGAAAAUUUGUUUGUUCAAAUAUUGAACUUUUACUUCAGUGUUAAUAUGAGGCGCAUUCUUUCACAGCACAAUAUGUUAGCCAAGCAAGGUCAAAAUAACAAAGAAAAUGCAGACUAGUCAUUUUUGUUUUUUAUUCAUAACCUUAUGAGAAGAAAUGAGUUCAGGGAUUGUGAAUCCAAAUAUCAUGUAAUGCACGAUUGAAUUACCCUGUUUGGUGAAAACAGGUGUCUGUCCCAUGAGAAAAUGAAGCACCUAUUGUAUAUCAGUGUCUUUCCCUCCCUCCCCACAAAUUGUUAAUAAGCUAUUACUGAAUGUAAUGAUCUGCGAUCAGUAAUGAAAUUUUUAAAUUUACAACAUGUAACCAGCUGGAAAUUCAUGACAAGUCGUGUAUAAUUUUAAAGCACAAAAUCUGAUCUUAAAAAUGAAAGAGCAUAAAAAUCAGUGUGACUUGCUGAACAAAGCAGCUGUGCUUCUUUACAUUUUCACAUAAGUAUAAGCAAUUUUCCACUUGUCUGGGGGGCAGCAACAAGUACAUUUGAGCCUUGUUCUAUUAGCAUAAUUACAUUAAAGCGUUCUGCAUUUUGAUGCUAUGAGAACAUCUAGCUAUGCAUUUAUCGGGCAUAAUUUAUAAGAGGCUUGCUAUCUUAGUUAUUUUAAAUGAGAGGUUAUAAUGAAGCAGACCUUGACUUAUGGGGGAGAGACUCAGGGAGCAGUGAUAUGAAUCCAAGAAUGUCACCUGUAUGAAAGGUGCGGUUUUCCUUCUCUAAUCUGGGAUAUACGGUAUCAUCACACACACACACACACACACACACACACACACACACACACA